AUGGGGGCUGUCGGACAGUGCGGGGCAAUGCGCGCAAUCGCCAUUGUGGGGGUCUUGGUGCUCGCGAUCGGCUGUAUGCCGCGUGCGGCUGCGCUUCAAAGUUACGACUUCAACUUUGGGUGGCGGCAUCGCCUGGGCGGUGACGCCGCCGCCGCCGCACGCUCAAUCGCAACUGCUGCCGAGCACGUGGGGCUGGCUGAUGAUGCGGGCUGGGUCAACGUCUCAACCCCACAUGACAUGCUUAUUGUGCAAAACAUCUCCGUGGACAAUAGCCAGCAACAGGCCAACAUUGCCCGCAACAGCGGCCAGUACAUGCGCCAGUUUAGCCUACCUGCCAGCUGGGCAGGGCAAGCCAUCUACCUCUAUUUUCACGGCGUUUUUCACAUUGCCGACAUUUAUCUGAACAACCAGCACAUUGGGCAUCACGCCAAUGGCUAUACCUCCUUUCACGUCCGUCUGGACAACGUUCUCGAUGAGCAGCGCCGACCCGUGCUGCGCAUGGGUGAAGACGCCACGAAUCAGCUCUACAUUUAUGUCAACGCCAGCUUUGGCUCGGGCUGGUGGUACGAGGGUGGGGGCAUUGUGCGUGAUGUUGAGCUGCGCGUGGGGAAUCCCCUCCAUUUCACAAUUGAUACCCCUUGGCUCCGUGGAGACGUAGCCACUAACAACAUGUCAGGCAGUGGCUUUGCCGUGCGCGCUCCAGUCGACAUGACCUUUUCCAGUAAUGUGACCAAUGUGGGGAGCACGACUGCGUCCGUCCUGGCCACACUGGCCCUUUACACCGAAGAUGACACGCUUGUUGCCAACAUCACAACGCCGUUGGCAGUGGAUGUGCCCGCUCAAGGCCAGGCCUUGGUGCAGAUCCCUUGGACCCAAUCAGACGUCAACCUCUGGUCCGUCCCCCGGCCCUACCUGUAUGAGGCACGACUUGCGUUGACAGACGCACAGAGCGGUGCCGUGCUGGACACCGCCCGCAUCGUCACGGGCUUUCGCAGCAUCGCCUUUGAGUCCAGCACCGGCAUGUACCUCAACAAGCAACACGUCAAGGUGCGUGGUUUUUGUGACCACAGCGUCUUUGCCACCGGGGCUAUCAUGCCCGACCGCAUCAACCUCUUCCGGGCCCAGGUGAUGCGCAGCGUGGGCGGCAAUGCCUGGCGCAUGGCACACAACCCGCCCUACGAAGCUCGCCUCAACUUUAUGGACGUGCUUGGUCUCUUGGCGCUCGACGAGAACCGUGACUUUGGGGGCGCCAAGCAACAGGGUGGCGUGUCGCAGGAGACAGCGGCCGAGCAGGUGCUGGACAUGGCCGAUCUCAUUGUGCGCGACCGCAAUCAUCCUAGCAUUAUGGCGUGGUCCUUUUGCAACGAAGUUGGAUGUGAUAACGAGAGCUCGGCAGAGCCGUUUCGUGCAAUCUCCUACGCUAUGGACGGCUCGCGCCCGGUCACUCAAAAUCACCACGGCACCAAUCUGUCCACCGCCUUUCUUGACAUUCAGGGUUUCUCACACAAAUCUGGCUCGGACUUUGAUGCCUUUCAUCAGACCAAUCCCAACAAACCAACCAUGGCCACCGAGUGCUGCAGCUGCUUCUCCCAGCGCGGCGAGGACGCCGACCUGACUCCCGCAAGCAAGGAGUUGGCCAAUGCCACGCGCCCAGGCCUCUUCUACAAUAAUCUGAUUGCCAACUGCACAGCCGAUCAAGUACUGGAAUCUGAUGCCCGCGACUUUGUAGCGGGCACCUUUGUCUGGAGCGGCUUUGACUACCCUGGUGAGGCGCAAGGAUGGCCUCAGAUCAUCAAGUGUCGCGGAACAUUGGGCGACGUGGCUGGAUUUACCAAAGAAACUGCUUAUUGGUUUCGAGCCUGGUGGCUGAACAACAUUUCCCGCAGUGAUGCUGGACGCCCCGCGUUGGAUAGCAACCAUACCGUGUUUAUCGUGGAAUCUUGGGUGCCCCCGAAAAUUGGCUCUACUCGUUCCAUCAACGUUUAUGCCGACACGCCUGUUGUCGAGUUGCUUGUCAACGGCAAAGUCGUGGGCAAGGCUGACAUGCCCUUCUUCGGAGCCGUCAACUUUCCUGCAGUGGCAUAUUCAGCUGGUAAUAUUACGGCCCGUGGCCUGGAUGCGCAGGGGCGCGUGGUGGCGGAAUCCACCAAGCAGACCCCGGCACCGCGGGGAGCGUUGCAAUUGUCCCUGGAUGCACCCUCGCCAAGCACGGGCACGGGGAGUUCGCUAUUGAUGGAUGGCCGUGACAUGGCCAUGGUACGCGCAGCCAUCCUCGAUGCCCAGGGAGAGGUGGACCCUACCAGCAACGUGGCCGUCACCUUUGAGGUGGUGUCCGGCAUGGGCCGAGUCUUUGGAACUCACAAUGGCGACCCUGCCUCACUCACUCCCUUCCAUGCUCCCACGCGGGCGGCAUACCACGGCCUGGCGCGCGCUUUUGUCAAAACAACGGCCUAUGCGCUGGGCUCGGCCGCGGAUCGCGCAGUUGUGGCCCAGCUGUCGCCCACCCCGUGCGACGUGACGAUCCUGCAAGGAGACAGCCCCGCUCUUGAGUCCAUCAAGAUCCAUUUCUUCCAUCGUACCUCCACGCUUGACCUUGCAGACAUAUGGAAGAAGAAAUGGGCUGCAACUUUCAACAUCAUCAAUGUUUCUCUCUCUCUCUCUCUCUCUCUCUCUCUCUCUCUCUCUCUCUCUCUCUCUCUCUCUCUCUCUCUCUGUCUCUGUCUCUGUCUCUCUGUCUCUCUGUCUCUCUGUCUCUCUGUCUCUCUGUCUCUCUGUCUCUCUGUCUCUCUGUCUCUCUGUCUCUCUCUCUCUCUCCUCUCUCUCUCUCUCUCUCUCUGUCUCUUUGUUGCCGUUACGUUCAAGAUAGACACACGUUUUAUGAGCAGCAAAACCAUUUCACGCAUGUGCACCACAACUUUGGCCCCCUGCCUUCCUGUCCUGCUCAUCAUAGUUUUCUUUCCACAGCACAAACUGGGAUAUCCGAGCACAUGCACGCCAAAGCACAUGCGCCUACUCACAGCUCUGUUCGCUGCCUUUGUACGCGCACCACAGCUCGUCAUCGAAGUCCCGUACAAUGCCAAGGCCGAAAAGGUGCUGGAAUGGCUCACCUUAGUCCGGCCAUCACCAGGCAACCUACAACACCGCCUGACCACGGCUGCCCAACCCGGGGUCCGCUACUCGAUGAGCGAACUUCAUGGACACCAUGCCAGCACCAACAACGGGGCUACGCCCGAUCCUACCAACCCCACAUCCUCGCCCCUUGUGCAUCUCGAUGCUCGCACCUCGCUUCUGCGCCCCGCGCUCCCAGCUCCUCAGCUUAUUAUCUCGGUCACGGGCGGCGCGCGAGACCUGGUGCUGACGACCCGGCUUCGCGACACGCUGCGUGUGGGCCUGCGCCGAGCCACUGACGUCAUCGACACUUGGAUUACCACCGGGGGCACCAAUUGCGGUGUUAUGAAGGUAACGGGCGAGAUCAUGGCUCGUGCCCAAGACGGCGAGACUGGCCGUGAAGCAGGCAGUGUGCGCCUUGUUGGUGUGGCACAUGAGCAACAUGUGGGACUUUUGCCCAACACCUACGAAGCUUCCCAAUCUACUCUUGAUGAACCAGCCGUCGUCAUUCGCAACUACUCGGCCAAUGACCACCGCUCCUUGGAUGAGAAUCACGGUGUCUUGUUGCUGGUGGAUAACCCCUACACUUCCAAGAGCGAGGGCACCGCCUGGACCCUGGCGUCUUCGGGCGAACGUCAGCACGCGGCAGCUCGAUCAAUUCGUGACUUUCUCAAGGGCAAGUCCCGCCUGUGCAAUCUGGAGCUAUGGCGUCAACGCCUCGGCGCCAUCCCCCCGGGUACCAAUGCGCUUCAUGUGAUUUUGCGAAUCGGAGGCCCAGACGGUGCUUCGCAACCCGGGGACCUCGAACUUUUGGCGCGGCUCCUUGAUGCUUGGCCACGUCAAGAGGAGACCACAGCCUCCAUCACCUCGCGCCCGCGUACCCUGAUUCUUCACCUACUGCUGGAUCGCACUGCGGCCGACUUGUUGGCACCCGACGCACCUCUGGCCCGGCGUUUGGAUGACAUUGUUCGACAACUGGGUCGUGAGCAAAUCCGCUGCCUCACCGGCGUUUUAGCUGGCGUUGAGUAUGCCACUUCCAUGCACAUGCCUUGGACAAAUCUCCGACACCUGAUGCGUGCAUUUCGCUUUCACACCUCCCUGCACGCCAAUUUUGAGAUUUCUGGCCUACCAACGCUACGCGAUUGUCUCAACGAUUUUCUGCAGGCCACACAAGUGGAACUCGGCCGUUCUGCUCCCCGCCGCUAUUGCGAUGAGGUCAUGCACACAGACGACGUGGUUUUUCUCUACUCCAUGGAUCCUCACGGCUUUCGCUCCCUUCACCUGUGCUUAACCAACACCAAGAUCAAGAACUCAGUCAUUAAGAACGACAACUGGAUUGACAUUCUCGAACCGCAAUCCGACCUACUGGUGUCGCGCUCUUUCGAGCAAGACGAUCACCAAGCAGCCUUGAACGACGAAUCCUUGCUGGGGAUGAGCACCGCUGGUCCCCAUACGCUACUGCCUGAUCUGCUGGAUGAGUUUGAUGUGCAGACAAUUUGUGUCGUGCCCUUUGGUUCACCAUUCCUGCAUCGGCACGGUGUAGCUGCCGAGGCCCUCUUCGAUGCUCCUUCAGGCUUCCGGUUUAAACGAGGUGGAGAGGUUGAGUUUCGAGCAACAUUUGAAGAAGCUGCCAAGCGUCGGGCAGGCUCAGGUCUGGGCACACCUUCAACCGCAGCUGCUGAUGCUGAUGGCAGUGACAGCAUUCAUCGGCACAGCACAACCCAGCACAAACUGAAUAACGACAUGAGUGAAAGCCACACGCCACUCGCAUCCGUCCGCAAGCGAUCCUCUACUCUGGAGACGGCAACAAACAUGUCGCAAGCCGCGACAAGCAACAUACCCACUCCUCCGCCCGUGUCAACCCCGGACGUGCGACCGGCACGCGACCUCUCUGCUCUGGCCUCGCUCCACCAUCGCCAUGCCCCUCGCUCGCGUCGUCCAGAUGAGACGUUACACCGUGCCAUAUUUCCGCAAUGGCAAGAUGCAGCCACUACGCAAGUGCCACCGGCACCGCCUCCACCCCAGCAAGCCCCCCAACAGCGUCAAACCUCCGGCGGGCGCCACAAACGCGGCCAUCGACAACCUCGCGCUCGCACAGAAGAUCAUCGCAAAAUGUUUGGCAGCCUCAAGGCAUACGAGACUUAUGCCGUAGUAUUGGUCAUUGAGGGCGGUCAGGUCACUCGCAAUGUCAUUGAGAAAGCCGUGACCUCGGAAACCCCCGUGGUGGUGCUGGAUGGAUCAGGCCGCUUUGCUGACGUUAUCUCUUACGCCUGGCGCCUAUUGCAUGACGUCGCUCCAAUGGCCAGCAGUUUCAGCAUUUCGCAGUUGGAAAUGCUGCUUCGCCCUUUUAUUCCGACCAACGUGACUGAUUUUGAGGAGGCGCUGGAGCGGGAAGUAGCCUCGAUUUUGCGUCUCGUAGCUUUGCCCAAUCAGAUCACGGUCCAUACCCCCUAUGAGGGCUAUAGCUCCCUGGAUGAGGACAUUUUGCGUGCCAUCAUAGAGACGAAGCGGCAUUUUGCUGGCGUGGCUGCCGAUAGCUAUGUUGGGAAGCUCUCGGAGUUGCGUCUGGCUCUCACAUUUGGCCGCAUUGAACUUGCCAAGGCGCGGUUUACGCAGCUCGUGUCUUUUGUCAAAUCUGAAGGCGCGACACUGCAGGCCAAGUUCAAGCAAGAUUUAUUUGAUGCCCUGCUGUGGGCGCUGCACCGCUCAAACGCACCCUUUGUGGAUGAAAUCUGUAAACAAUUGGGUAACGACAUUGGCUACUUUAUGUCCUAUUUAAUGGCCGAGCAAGUCCCGAUGAGUCGACGAGGGGACUGGCACAACUGUUUUGAAAAACUUUUCUCCCCCGAAUUGUUUCGCAAGCAUCCGGCCUUGGAUCGGCUGUUCCGCUGGGCGUGCCCGCACGUUUCGCCGGCGCGACGGUACACCUGCGUCAAAGUUCUCCUCAAAACGCUGCUGGCCAGCAAUUCCUACCUCGUGUCGCGGGCUCGUCAGCAGCGUCGCCGGCCCACCAUUGCCAAGGACAAGGAGGGACAGUCCAUGAUGCAGGCGGCCCCGCUAGCGCGCAAGGCCAUGACGGCUGUGGAGUCCUAUUACUAUCUUUUUAUAUGGUCACUGCUAGCGGGCAAAUAUGACUUGGCCGACAUUUUUUGGCGUCGUGGCGGCCACAGCAUUCAAAAUGGUCUCUUUGCCGCGACGCUCCUGUCGCGCAUGGCUCAGGCUUCACCGUUUCGCAACCACCUCCAGUACAAAGCGGAGUUGAACAAGAUGGCGGAGGUGGCCAAUCGCUUUGAAAGAUACUCGACGGAGGUACUCGCACAAUGUCACAGCUAUGAUGAAGCCCGCACUUUAGCCCUGCUGAGCUGUAAUCUCCACACACUACCCAACUUUCCUGCCAAGCGAUUCGUCGACAAGCGGUCAAACACGAUUGUUGACGCAGCCAUGCAAGCCUCCAUGACGGAAUUUAUCAGCCACGCUGCUGUCGAUACCCAUGUUGAAAACUCUUGGCACAAACGCGACGACUACCAACGUCUGAGCACAAGCACCAAACUGUCGACCUACAUCACUAGCUUUGUCUGCCGCCUUGUGCGCAAACAUGCUGGACUGAAGACCCAGGGCGCCUCGCGCAUCCUCUUUGGGAUGGUCAUCGCCAUUGCUUUUUUACGUCUUUUACGAUACACCGAGUCAUCGCCACUGAUUGGCCCCAAGCUAAUCAUGAUGCAGCGCAUGCUGCUUGAUGUCACGGUCUUUGCCGUCUUUGCCCUGGUUUUCCUGCUGGCCUAUGGCUUUGCCACCUUUGCUGUAAUGACCUCAGUCAACUACAAGGAGGCACUUCCCAACCUUUGGGUGGAAUUUGUCUUGAUUCGGCCAGCUUUCCAGACCUUUGGCGAAGUUUUCCUCGAGGAGUACGAUGAGCGCUCCUCGUGUGUGGGCGAGAGCGUGUUUUCGUCCUGUAAUGCGGCACAGUGGUUGAUUCCCAUCUACAUGUUCAUCUAUCUCUUGGCUGUCAACAUUCUCCUGGUCAAUCUUUUGAUUGCAAUGUUCAGCCGGAGGUUCGAGCACAUUCAGGGCGCUACAUAUGUGUACUGGCGCCUGCAGUACUACCGUUUAUUGAAGGAAUACCAGCUACGCUCUUGGCUUCCACCCCCGCUGUCUCUGCUGGCCUAUGUCAGCCGUAUCUGGCGUGCAUGGAUGCAGCCACCGCUUUUGUCAGCCGAAUUUGACUCGGACGACAUCAAUGAGCUAGAGCAAUUCCAAGAGCGUCAGACGGAGCGGUGGUAUGAGCGCAAUUUGGCUUCCGCCGACGCCGGUUUGGCGGCCCAGGAGAUGGCGCAUGGCGAGCAAAACUCACUCAACGGGCAAAUUCUGCAGCUGAUGCACUCGGAAUCCAUCCGCAGCGCCCGCUUGGAGACCCUGCUGCUCGCUGUGGUUGAACGCGACCCUUGGCGCCGUAGCAGUCUUGAUCAUGAAGAGGAGCCGCAGCAGCGCCUGAGCGUGUAUCAUUUGGCCGAGCUCUUUGGAGUGGGUCGCAAUUUUACCACACGGAAGCAACAUCGCACCGCGCGGUUAAUCAAUGAUGCCCUGCCCUUGCGACUGUCAACAAUGCCACUGCGUGGCUGGCAAGCCAUUUAUGAACAAGACCCGCGUGCCGCUGAGGAAAUUGCCAAAUAUUGUCGCACACUUGAUCAAACUCCGGAGCAGUUCUUUGCGCAACAGUAUCUCAACACAGUUGGACCCACGGGUUGCUGGCUUGACCCCAGCCUGAGCGAGCCAGGACCCAAUCGGCGCGUUAUUUAUGUCAUUACACGUUGGAAGCGCGGGCAUGGGCAUGUCAUCACACGACGUGGCAGUCCCGUGUUGGAGGCGCUGGUGGUCAUUGACGAUGCCAUCGAGCUUCAACCCACGCUCAAGCUGCCAUUUGCUGCAGAGCACGGCUACUCAGUGCUGCCACAACAGGAAAUUUUGCAAAGCCUAAGCAUGGCCAAGUUGACACGCCGCGGCUUUAACAUUCAUCAGAUUUUGGCUCUGGUAGUUUCACUCAAGCCUGAGUACCGACACUUGUUGCAGAAGGGGCGGGCACCAGGCGCCCGCUUGGAUCCCGGUGUUCCUGGUGGACAACCCAUGACUUCAACGCCCACGAUGGAGCAACAACCGAUGGAGCUGAGCUUCACACAGCGAGCCAUGCGACGCCUGAGCCGAAAACUCAACCACCGCUACUCGGACAGCGAGCAAGACCCCGAGUCGGGUCGAGCGGAUAAGCCAGCUUGGGAGGACUUUGAGGCCGAGUACAUGUACUGGGAUUCGCCGUUUAACAGCGAUACGCGCUGGGUCGAGGCUGACGUGCGCCACUUUCAUGCCGAGGAUGGCAGCCUGAGCGACCUCUUACUGCACCUGCAAAAAGCUUCCAUCGUACACAAGCGUGAGCACCAAUUUGCUUGGGUGCCAGUUCAUCGGCACUGGCACCUUUUGUCCGAAGACGUGCGUGCUCUAUUACACCUGGUGUGCAUGAGCCUGCAACCCGAGCCGUUCUGGUAG